CACUGUAGAUACUCUCACUUAUACUCACACAUUCCCAUACACACAUUGAGGCAGCUCUCACUCUCUCAUUGACCGGCCGAUGGAAUCAGGGAGGGCGACACUGCUCAGAGAGCAGCAACUGAAAGAUCAGUUUGAUAACUUGGAGAAGCAUACACAGUCGGGCAUCGAGUUUGUGGAGAGGUACACCAAAUUCGUCAAAGAGCGAUCGGAGAUUGAAAUCAACUAUGCAAAGCAGAUUAAGAAUCUAUCAAAGAAGUAUCAACCCAAGAAGAACUCAAAAGAGGAGGAGGAGAACAAGUACACGUCAUGCCGGGCCUUCCUGUCGACACUGAAUGAGCUGAACGACUACGCAGGUCAGCACGAAGUCAUCGCUGAGAACCUGACCUCUCAGAUCAUCACAGAACUCUUGCGGUACCUCACGGAACUCAAGGCUGAGAGGAAAUCGCAUUUCCAUGAUGGACGUAAAGCACAGCAACACAUUGAAUGCUCGUGGAAACAGCUGGAGUCGAGUAAACGGCGGUUCGAGAGGGACUGUAAAGAGGCGGACAGGGCGCAGCAGUACUUUGAGAGAAUGGACGCCGACAUCAAUGUGACGAAGGCAGACGUGGAGAAGGCGCGGCAGCAGGCUCAGAUGAGACACCAGAUGGCUGCUGACAGUAAGAGUGAAUACUCCAACUUCCUGACCAAGUUCAACCAGGAACAGAAUGAGCAUUACUACACUCUCAUCCCCAAUAUAUUCCAGAAACUCCAGGAGAUGGAGGAGAGGCGGAUCGAGAGGGUGGGUGUGUCCAUGAAGACGUAUGCGGAGGUGGACCGUGAGGUGCUGCCUAUCGUAGGGAAAUGUCUAGACGGAAUGACUAAGGCUGCCGAGUCCAUUGAGCCUAAGACUGACUCGAAGCAGGUGGUGGAGUCGUAUAAGUCUGGGUUCGAGCCCCCGGGGGACGUAGAAUUUGAGGACUAUGGGCCAGGCCAGUCCAUGAAGAGGACGGUCUCCGAAACCAGCCUGUCCAACUCACGAGGAGAGGCCAAGGAACGACCCAGCGGGGGCAAGAGCAAGGGCAAACUGUGGCCUUUCAUUAAGAACAAGAACAAGCUUAUGUCCCUGUUAACGUCCCCGCACCAGCCCCCCUGCCCCCCAGCCUCCAGCCCCCCCUCACCCUCUGCUGUUCCCAACGACCCCCAGUCUCCCAAGCAGAACAAGGAGCCCCUCUCCAAUCGCUUCAAUGAGUUCAUGGCCUCCAAACCCAAAAUGACUUGCCUCCGGAGCCUGAGGCGAGGGCUUUCUCUCAAGCUGGGCUCUGGACCAGAGGACUUCAGCCACCUGCCCCCAGAGCAGAGAAGAAAGAAGCUUCAGUCCAAGAUAGAUGACUUAAACAAGGACAUCCAGAAAGAGAUGGACCAGAAAGAUGCCCUAACUAAGAUGAAGGGGGUGUAUGAGAAGAACCCUCAGAUGGGUGACCCUGCCAGUGUGGACCCCCGCCUAGUAGAGUUGGCAAUGAACAUCGAGAAACUGCAGUCCGAGGUGCAGAAAUUCGAGGGAUGGCUAGCUGAGGUGGAGGGGAGGUUACCAUCGAAGAGCGAUCCUCCCAGGAGACAGAGUGGUCUGUACGAGACACAGAACAGCAACAGCAGCACGGUUGCCAACAACUGUGCACAGGACAGAGAGAGCCCGGAUGGCAGUUACACAGAGGAGCAGAGUUCAGAGACUCAGGUCAAGGUGGCCAUAGCCAACACUCCAGAGUUUGAUGAUGAGUUUGACGAUGGGGAUGAGGAGACGCUGCCCACUAUCGGCACCUGUAAAGCCAUCUACCAAUUUGAAGGUCAUAAUGAGGGGACUAUAUCAGUGACAGAGGGAGAGCUGUUGUAUGUGAUAGAGGAGGAUAAAGGUGAUGGCUGGACACGCGUCCGCAGAAACGAAGAGGAGGAAGGCUACGUGCCCACGUCUUAUGUCGAGGUCCUUUUGGAAACAAACGCCAAAGAUUCCUAAAAGUGUGAGAGGCUGGCUCAGAAAUGGCAGGGCAAGCAGCCUCGGAGACAGAGCAACCACAUUCACGUUCCUUUUAUUGUCAUAGAGUCAGAAAGAGAGAGAGAGAGACAUAACCGAGACAAAAACGGGAGAUCGAUAAUGAUGCAUCUCAAUUUCCAACCCGAUACAUAUGUAGAGUUCUCUUCUUUUGCAACAGUUUCUGACCAGAAGCAACAAUAAUAAGCAUCACAAUUUUGCACCCGUAAAUCUUUUAAUAGUCCAUUACACAUUUAUAAUUUUGCUUCCGUUGUCGCUGCAAAGCUUUGCUUCUCAAUGUACUAACUCAGCUUCCGCAACGCGGCGUUAUCAUGGCGGCUGUUAGCUCUCUCGCCUCAAAUCCCAACCCGCUCCCAUGCCACCCCUCCCCAAACCCCUUCCUCAAGCACGGCAGGGUGUGGUCAGAGACAAGACCAGCUCCCCCUCAUGGAAGGGGGGAAGAAGCAACACAAUCUCCCCCCACAAACCCGCUUGCUUACACCCCACCCAUACCAUCUCACCUGACCAGACCAUCAGACAGGAAGGCUGGAGAGGAAGCCAAACCGUGUCCCUCCAGUCCACCCUUGCAUUCAAACCAAUCAGGUGGAUACAGUUGCCGUAUCUCUCUCUCUCACUCAUUGACUCAGAGCCAUCAUCAUAGAAGGAACCGUCCAGAUUCAGCAUCACUUGGAGAGCCGUGGAGUACCCAUGGAAACAACGCAGUCAUUCCACUCUCUCAGACCGCAGCUCCAUAUUUUGCAGGUUUCAAAUGGACUAAAACAUGGACCGAUUGGUCAUCUUACUGUAUGUGUGUAUGAAAAAGCUUCAUUUAUGGUGUUUGUCAGUAUCAUGUGCAUCCUCCAUACAUGACUGGGGAGGGGACAGGACUAGGAGCUCCAGGACCGAGAGGGGUUGGGGUGGGAAAGGGGACAGGUUCACUUUACUUCAUCUCACCUGCACUCUCUCCCUACCAUACUAUCAUGUGUUGUUACUGGCAUCCACUCAAAGUGGUGGAAAAAGUAUCCAAUUGUAAUACUUGAGUAAAAGUAAAGAUACCUUAAUAGAAAAUUACUAAAUUAAAAGUUAAAGUCACCCAGUAAAAUAUUACUUGAGUAAAAGUAUAUAAGCAUUUGGUUUUAAAUAUACUUAAGUAUCUAAAGUAAAUGUCAUUGCUAAAAUAUACUUACGUAUCAAAAUUAAAAGUACAAAGGAUUUCACAUUCUGUAUAUUAAGCAAACUAGGAGGCACUAUUUUCUUGUUUUUUAAAUUAACAGAUAGCCAGGGGCACACUCCAACACUCAGGCAACACUCAAACAAAUAUCAAACGAAACAUUCUUGUUUAAUGAGUCCGCCAGAUCAGAAGCAGUAAGGAUAACCAGGGAUGGUCUCUUGAUAAGUGAGUGAAUUGCAACAUUUUACUGUCCUGCUAAGUAUUCAAAAUGUAACGAGUACUUUUGGGUGUCAGGUAAAAUGUAUGGAGUAAAAAGUACACUAUUUUCUUUAGGACUGUAGUGAAGUAAAAUUUGUCCCAAAAAAAUGAAUAGUAAUCCCAAAAAAGGACUUAAGUAGUACUUAAUAAAAAUAUUUUUACUUUGAAGUACUAUACACCACUGAUCUUGUCUGCUCCUCUCUCUGGCCACACUCCUCCCCUCCUCAAACCCCUCCACCGCAGGUGGCAGAUGCUGGUCAUUGGCUGCGUUGAUGGCCAUGUCACAGCUUACGAUGGGGCUUCUCUCGGGCAGUGCGUGCAGUAUGCAUGCAUGCCCUGCCUCCUCUUUGACAUGCCACCCCGACAGCUCGGCUCCGGGGGGUUGCCCAUGCCGCUUUUUAUUUCAGUUAACUCACAUUGCCUGUUACACUUCUUAACCUGUUUGUCACCUUUUGGGUUCUGUGCCUGGGGAUCCUCUACUAGCGCUUCCGUAUUUUGUUUUGUUGUUGUUUGACUGUUCCUCGUCUCUGAAAGCAUGUUCACCUACCUGUGUUUUUUUUAACAGUGAGUGUGUGCUCUCCCUCACAGUAACCCCCUCCUGCUCAAAAUCUCAGCUAAGAAAGUUUUGGAUUCCCAAAACUUCUGUUUCUGAAUGAUUUCAUGCAUACAGUACAUGGUUAUAAAAUGUAAUUUGUCAAUUUGUUAUACUGUAUGUAAUGUUGUUUGCUGACAUUGUACAUGUUUGAGAAGUGUGUCGAAGGCAAGUGGUCGUUAGCUUCCACUAGCCUCAUCCUGUGGAUACAUACUGUGCUGUGUAACCUCUCCACUGUAUAUCCUACCCAACAGACAGAAUGUCCCCGGAAGAAAACUUGAGGAUUAGUUAAAUGUCUCAUGUAAUUUGCAUGGUCCACUUACUACUGUAUAUGGAAGUAUUGUAAUACAGUGAUCCACACACACACUUUCUUUCCCACAAAGUUGUGUGCGACUGAAUAUGAGACGAGACAGACUUCAUUUUGGGCCUUAACUAUAGUUUAAUCCAUAGACAUAGAUAGACAUCGCAUCAUUGUAUCUGUCCCAUUAUGGCAUCUGUGAGGGCAUGGGCAGCCCAUUGAGGCCAUCUUCAUUUUGAAGUAGUCAAUUUUCUUCUACCAUGAGUUGGCAAACAAACUGAUAGGGUGCAUAUUGCCAGCUGGAGUGUGUAUGAACAGGUUUAAACAGGUUUAAAGCCAAGGUUGGCAAUUUACUGCCACCUGCAGUUCAGGAAUGUUUGCUCAUGCGUAUACUUCAUUGGCUGAUCCCUCCUGGUGACCUGGAUAGAAUUAUGUGAUCCUUCCUUAACCCAUAGGAAGUACUUACUUCAAAAUGGUAAAAGUCCUCAAUGGCACUGCCCAUGAUAAAAUGGGCUUUUAGGCACUAAAGUCCUCCAUCUCUCUCUAUGGAUUUAUCCUACCACUUAGUGUAAAGACAGAUGUCAUUCUAUUAUCUGUGGUAUGUUGAAUAGGUCAAGACGUCUCUUGUUUUCUUUUUUAUAAAGGUUUGGGGGGGGGGUAUUUUGUACGUGGCAGUCAAGGUAGAUUACCCAUAACAUCUACAGAGAUGAUGAUGUCCACUGUUUUCCUCUCUCAAAGGCACAUACAUUUUUUAUUUUGUUCAUUUUAUUUAUCAUUAUUUUUUACCAAUUUUGGGUCGAUGAGAUUGUAGCUUUUUAUUUUGUAGCUAGUUGUUUCUUUAGCUGGAAAACUGUUGCACCUGAACUACAAACCACCUAUAAUGAUGAAACCAGUUGUUUGAUCUGCCUGAAGUCACUGCAGACGAAGUAAUGAAUAACAAAUAUUUGUUUUGUCUAAUGAAGCCGUUAGUGAUGGCACCCUAUUCCCUAUUUCGUGCACUACUUUGACCAGGCUCAAGAGUGUCUUGAAACUUUUCUUUAUUACAAUAUUACUACUCAAGCAACAUUUCAAAGGGCAGCAACUGAAAUUGUAUCAAUGCAAACCGUGUAUAUUAUCAUUAGAACAACAAACGAACAGUGAUCCAUCAUCAUUUGGAGUCCCCGUUACUUGUCAUAAUAUAAAAGCAGCGCAAAUCUAUAAGUUAUUUGGCCGAGAAUCAGGUCAGGUCUCCUUUUGCUAUUCCCAUCCGUCCAUCUCUUAUUUUGAUUAUUGUGGAUGUUGAUUUGGCAGUUGUUUUGUUUGUGAGAAGUGAAAAGUGAAAAGGCAAAACUGAUUCCCAUGCAGACCGUCAGAAGGUGCAUAUCUGUAGUGCGCCGACAGACAGAGCCACUCAGAAGCGAGCCAGUAUAGAGGGGAAUCUGCUUAUCUCCUCUCCUGCUAAUACUGGACUCGGAUCAUCCUAGACCUUCAGCCUGGCCCCAGUGCACCUGUACAGAAGAAAUGGCUUGUUGGAAUUAGAGAGAAUAUAUAUAUAAAUAUAUAAAUAAAUAUUGAUUCAACUAAGACAAAAAAAAAAGGAAAUAAACAGUCUAUUUUUAAGGUUUUAACGAUUAAAAGGACCUACCGUUACUUUUUUUUCUCUCUCGCUUUGCUAAGACUUUGUUUUAUUGUUUUUGUUUUGUAAAGUCUGCCAAAUGGUGUGUUUCGCACUUUUGUGUUGUUUGUGUUCCAUUUGGUAUAUGCUUGCAUUUCGGAGCACUGAAUACUUUGUAUUGUGUUAACUGUGCCAAUUAAAUACAUGUUGAAAAUAA